AUGCCCCUUCAGUCCGGUAUUUUCGGUGGUCAUCCCUCCUUGGCUUCUGCACCGUUCGAUCCUUCGUUGGACAGCUCAGAUGUCCCGGUCGGCAAUGCCACAUCCGUGUUCAAUCUGACGGCCAUCCGUCUGCACAACCGGCCCGCAUUCUUCCUCGCGCAGACCGUCAUCAACGCCACACUCUCCCCUGCCUCCCCGCUCCAUCCACUCGCGACUACCCUCAUUGACGCCGCGUCGCCCCUUCUGGACGGCAUUCUUCGUCAGUACCUGCAUAACGAUUUUUUCGCGGGAAGCCUAUGGCUUGUCGCGCUCGGGUUCAUCAGCCGAACCCUGAUGACCUAUUUGCAGGUCGUAUGGAGCUACGUAAUUCGGCGUGGGAAUGUCACCAUCAGCAUCUCUCCGGACAACCAGGCAUUCCAGUGGGUGGAGGAGUGGCUAGACUCAUACAAGGAGUUAAAGCCGUCAGAAUUUUCCCUGCAGGUCAACUGGGAGGACAGUGACGGCGCGAAUUCGUCCCCUGACAAGCCCGAGCUUCGAUUCAUGCCCAAGCUUAAAGCCGCCCAGCACAUCACCUUCAGGGGGUCGAAGGUUUUUUUCCAGAUGAAAAACAGCCCCGGGCAGCUUGACAGCGAAGCAGAAUUUUCUGAGCUCCUCCGAUCAAUGAAUCGGGAGGAGCUGGUGAUUGAAGGUCCCUGCAAGGCCGUGCUACAGGCGGUGCUACAGGCCGCUACAGAUGCAGCCAUGGCGAAACGGCAGGCAAAGAAGCUGACAGCCAUCCAGAGGUGGAACUGCAGGCAGUUCUGCUGGCGGUGGUCGGCGAAUAAGCAGGUCCGUCCGAUGUCCAGCGUGGUCCUGGAUUGCGACACGUCAGCGCUGCUGGAGGACGCUCGGGAGUUUCUGGCGGGCGCCAAGUGGUACGCGGAGCGCGGCAUUCCUCACCGGCGGGGGUAUCUGUUCCACGGGCCCCCGGGGUGCGGCAAGACGUCCCUCAUCCAGGCCAUGGCGGGCGAGCUGGGGCUCGGUGUCGCCGUCAUCAGCCUUGCUUCCUCCGGCAUGAGCGAUGACUCGCUGCACACAGCACUGACCAACUGCGACCAGUGCAACCUGGUGGUGCUGGAGGACAUCGACGCCGCCUUCACUGCCGUGCGCUCCAAGGCCAACGCCACUGUCCAAUGUUACAUACUGGCGCACUGUCCAAUGUUACACCUGUUUCUGUAG